UGACAAUUUUCAAUAUACCUGCUUCUAGUAAAUUUGACAAUUAUAUAAUUUAGUACUCAAAAUUAUUUGUGUAUUAUUAAAGUUCUAAUUAUGCAGUCAAAAUUGCCAGUUAGAGUAAACAAAAGGCAUAUAUUAGAAAAGAGAGAGUGUCAGUGUGCUAAAUUAUUUGAAUCAAUGCUCAAAGAUCCUAGCGAUGGCAUUUGUAGCUUUUGUUUACAGAAAGUUCCAGUAAACCAAUAUAAAAAGAAAAGCACAACAAAACCAACCAAAGGAAAUUUGAUUGAAACUCUGUUUAAAAAUCAACAAAAUUCAAUUGUGGAAAUUAAACAAAUACUUUUAUGUAUCAAUUCAACUUUGGAAGCUAUACUAAUAAUAUUAAAGGAGAGAAAAGAAGAAUUAUAUCAUAAGCUCAAAGAGAACAAUGUAAAAUUGAAAACAUCAACUAGUUGCCACAAACAAGAUAAUCGCAAAAGUAGUAAUCAAUUGGUAAAAACACAACCCUAUAGAUGGCCAGAUAUAUCAAGAUUAUAUAGUGAGCCCCCCUUGUGGAUUAAUAAUUGCGUGGGAAGGUUUAUUACUAGGCCAAAUACAGAAGAAAGAAAAAUUUUAUUAUAUCCUCUAGAUAACAAUAUAUUAUAUAUUAACAAGCCAUUUUCCUGCCCAAAUAUAGGAUAUUUCCAAAAUAUGAAGAAUCUAUAUGCAAGAAAAAUUAGUAUGUCAAUGUAUUCUAUUCCUAUAUUUACUAUAAAAGGCCGGCACCCAGAAAGGAAGCAACACUAUGAAACCCAAAAUAAAGAAAUUAUUAAAUUAAAAUAAUAUAUAAUCAUUAAUUGUAUUUAAAAUGUUAAUAAAUAACUUAAUAAAUAUAGUAAAAACAAUAAAUAUAGUA